AUGUUCCAGCCAAUGAUCACUACAUCAGAACAAAAACAACCUCAGAAGACAUCGAAGACUGCCAUCGAUUCUCGUUUGCGAUAUGUCAUUAUCACGUUCACGAUUCUCUUAGCUUCAAUUAUUUUUUUUAUGGCUACAAGAAUUAUUUUUACGGACCAAACGCAUUCAGCGCCGAUCACUUCAUUCCAAACUGCCACUAAAAGGACCAUACUAGACGAUGGUUGUAAGUAUCUAGGAUUAUCGUAUACGGCCGCCAGUCAAGGCGGUGGUAUUGGCAAUCAGCUAUUUGAAUUUAUUUCGUUGAUUGGAAUCGCGAGAACACUCAACAGGGGUUUCCUAUUUUCAAAUGCGGAACUUUGCAGGAUACCAUACGUAACUGCAACCAAUUUUGCUACAAUCAAAAAGCUGUAUCAGCUUUCGAAGUCAUUCCCGAAUCUUCCGCAUCAGUUUCGUGUACUCUUUCCUAAGGUAUCUGACCGAACAGAGCAUUUCUCUGCAACUUUGAUUAUGUGCUGUCAAUCACAAUAA